AUGGGAAGAUCCGGUCGGGGGCACCAAGCAACAGCUCAUCUGGACUCCCCCACGAGAUUUAAGAACUCCCCAGCCAUCUUUGGGGAAGCCUUGGCUUCUGACCUGAACUCAUUCCAUCCGGAAGAGUAUGGAUGUUGGCUCCUACAAUAUGGGGAUGACCUGCUGCUGGCCGCCAAGACCAAGGAAAAAUGCUGGGAAGGGACAAAAGCACUGCUCCAGCUGCUGCUGAAAGCAGGUUACCGGGGGUCGAAGAAGAAGGCACAGAUCUGCAAGGAGGAGGGCCCUUUUGUUAUUCUAACUACCCUUACUGCAGUUAAAGUUGCAGGUAUUGUCCCUUGGAUCAAUCAUACGAGGGUGAAGAGAACAUGCCACGCAGAUCCAAAAAACACUGAGUGGACUGCACAGAGGGACCCCGCUGACCCUCGAGAGACUAAGACCAUCCUUAAGAAGAAGGAAAAGAAGAUCCUGGACGAGCCCCUUCAGGAUGAAGCCGCACAAUCAACUCCUGCUGCUUGGCCUCAUCAACCCCCAGUAAAUCUACCUUAUUUACAUGCUAUGUGGACAAGAUCUGUGUUUCAAUGAUAUGAGUAUAUUGCUGCCUUAUUCGUAUCCUCUAUAGGGACAACAGAUAUCAUGAUUAGAGUAGAGGCCUUGACUAAUUUCACAAAACAGGCCCUCCUAGAUAGAGCAAAAGCCAUCCAAGCCUUAAAUGAAGAGCAAAUCCAAAUGAGAAAAGCGGUAAUUCAUAAUAGAAUGGCUUUGGACAUACUCACAGCUGCUCAAGGAGGGACCUGUGCUAUAAUUAAGGUUGGAUGUUGUGUAUACAUUCCUGACUUAUCUGGUGAUGUAUCGACUGCUGUAGAUGACAAAAACCAGGUAAAAGCAACGUCAAAUGAAAACAUUCCUUUCUGGACUUCGGUCCUAUCUUGGGUGAAGGGCGAUUGGUGGAAAACUAUAUUUACCACUGUUACAGUUGCCUUGAUAGUUCUGCUUUGUGGACCUUGAAUUUUACAAUGUAUUAUGAACUUUGUAACCUGAAAGUUGAUGUCAUUCUCCCAAACUGGCGGUCGGAGAGCCAGGGUGCAGUAUAUCCCUAUGAAUGAUGCUCAUAAUAUGAGUUAA